AGACGCACACGCUCGCUUGCCAUCUCCGUCUCUUGUUAGUCUCUUCUUUGAAGUUUUCCGUCGCAUCGGCCGUCAGAAUCGCGAGAAAAGCCAGAGCCGCCGUGAUUCGGAGGUGGGUUUUGGUUCUUCUCCAUCUUUCGGACCUCCCCGAUCCAGCUAUUUGCAGGUUAAUAUUUCUUAAAGAUGGCCGAUGCUGAAGAUAUUCAGCCCCUUGUUUGCGACAAUGGGACUGGAAUGGUGAAGGCUGGGUUUGCCGGUGAUGACGCACCUAGGGCAGUCUUUCCGAGUAUUGUCGGCAGGCCCCGGCACACUGGUGUUAUGGUUGGAAUGGGUCAGAAGGAUGCCUAUGUUGGUGAUGAAGCCCAAUCUAAAAGAGGUAUUCUUACCUUGAAAUAUCCCAUUGAGCAUGGUAUUGUCAGCAACUGGGACGACAUGGAGAAAAUAUGGCAUCACACCUUCUACAAUGAGCUCCGUGUUGCUCCGGAAGAGCAUCCUGUCCUUUUGACUGAAGCGCCUCUUAAUCCGAAGGCAAACAGAGAGAAGAUGACCCAAAUCAUGUUUGAAACUUUCAAUGUGCCGGCCAUGUAUGUUGCCAUUCAGGCUGUUCUGUCUCUUUAUGCCAGUGGUCGUACAACUGGUAUUGUGCUCGAUUCUGGUGAUGGUGUGAGUCACACUGUCCCAAUCUAUGAGGGUUAUGCUCUUCCCCAUGCCAUUCUCCGUCUUGAUCUUGCUGGUCGCGAUCUCACUGAUGCAUUGAUGAAGAUUCUCACUGAGAGGGGUUACAUGUUCACCACCACUGCUGAACGGGAAAUUGUCCGUGACAUGAAGGAAAAGCUGGCAUAUGUUGCCCUUGACUAUGAGCAAGAGCUGGAAACAGCUAAGAGCAGUUCUUCUGUUGAGAAAAACUACGAGCUGCCCGAUGGACAAGUCAUCACGAUCGGGGCCGAGAGGUUCCGUUGUCCAGAAGUCCUCUUCCAGCCAUCAUUGAUUGGAAUGGAAGCUGCUGGAAUUCAUGAAACCACCUACAACUCCAUCAUGAAGUGUGAUGUGGAUAUCAGGAAGGAUCUUUAUGGUAAUAUUGUGCUUAGUGGUGGUUCCACAAUGUUCCCUGGUAUUGCAGACAGGAUGAGCAAAGAGAUUACUGCCCUUGCUCCAAGCAGCAUGAAAAUUAAGGUGGUGGCGCCGCCAGAGAGGAAAUACAGUGUCUGGAUUGGAGGGUCGAUCCUUGCAUCUCUCAGUACCUUCCAGCAGAUGUGGAUUUCCAAGGGCGAGUACGACGAAUCUGGUCCUUCAAUUGUCCACAGGAAGUGUUUCUAAAUCCAAUAAAGUCGAAGUCUUGGUGAGUCCUUAUGUUGUGGUUUCCUGUUGUUCCAUGUGAACUCAAGCUUCAUUACUUAGAGACGGAAAUGGUGGAGAGCAUGUUGGGAGUUUUUAUGUACCAUAGCUGUUCGAGAAGUAUGAUUCAGAUUUUUAUCGCCAUGUCUGAGAAGCAAGGUUGUUGAAGUCCCUCUCUGAAUGUGGCGAGCAGAACAUUGGUUUUGAAGUUGUUGCUAGUCAGCCAGUCUCUUUCUAGGAUGUUUUAAGAGGAGCUGGGAGUGUUGUUUUUUCUUUACUUUGUAUGCUCAUCUUGGUGAUAUAUAAGUUUUUUUCCCCUGGAACAGUAAUGUUAAUAUUGUGUGAGGAAUAUUGUAUGCGGUUUGAGGUUGGUUACUCAUCAAAGUUUCUCAAGUAGAGAUCUGUUUCUAUCUGUUA